ACCUGAGCGCCACUUAUGACUGAUUUGUUUAUUUAUGCGCUCCUCGAAAAAAAAAAUAUGAAAGGUUUGCUUGUCGCCGGAGCGAUUUUGAACGAGGCUCAUCUCGAAUGUCACGGAGUGCAUUUUUUUACCUUCGCCACGUGAGCGUGUUACCUUGUGUUAGUAUUUGUCCACGCCAAGCUAUCGUUUUUGCAUCGGUGUUUGCACAUCACAGCAGAUUUUGAGGGUAAGCCGUUCGGCGUUGAGAAGAGACAUCGGCUCUUUUUUUUUUGACGUGGUUGUUGGUGCAAAUGUUUUUGUGGAGUACAUUAUCGUGAUUUUGGUUUGGUCUGAUGUUCUUGCCAUGAACUGUUCAUUCCCAUAUAUAUAGAGUCAUUACGAGCUGUUCCUUCCCUUUGCCCUGAAUGGACGACCUUUUUGUUAUCACACAUCAAUAAAGGUACACAUUUUCUAAAUGAUUGAUUUUGGAAUAAAACCGCCGUCGCGUUUUUGAUGAAAACGUAGGCCAAUCAUGCUACCGCAUCUUAAUUUUGCUCAAGAUUGUGGCACUUGGAGAGCCACGCAUUUUUUGAGAAUGUAUUUGGUGCAAACAGUUUGAUGGAUGACAUGAAUGUUGCUGCGGGGAUGUUUGGAUCACGAGCCAUUCCUGUUCUUACAUCCAUAUGUCGACAUACAUGUAGAGCUAGAAUCUAUUGCUUGUCAUCGAUAGGAGACAAAUAUGGCACGCUUAGGACCACGACUACAUAGGAGACAAAUGAUGUGGUAUGCUUUGGAUCAUGAGCUGUUCCUUUCCACGGACUGACUGACAGAUGUCUCACGAUGUGGUAUGCUUUGGAUCGCAAAGCGUUCCUUUCCGUAGAUACAAGCCGCGCCAUGGGUCGCCUGGAUGACGCCGCCAAGCGCAAAGUGGUGGAGCUGAGGAAGGCGGGUCUGAGUUUCCGCAAGAUCAAGGCCGUGCUGGAGCUGGAGAACAUCAAGGUGUCGGCGCAGGCCAUCUACCUGUUCCUUAGGGAGUUCCAAGGCAGGCGACCGGGCCGGGUCAGGCCCAUGGAGGCAGGAAGCAAUGCGGCGGCGCCACCGGCGCACGUGCAAAAUCUGGUCGGGGGGCUCCAAGAGAGCUUGAGCGGCAUCCGUCUGCAACAUCUGCUACGGGACGCGCCGCGCCACGCCGGCUUCAGCAAGUUCGCCAAGCGGCCCCCCGCGGCAGCGGACGGCGACGCCACAGCUUCGGGCUGCGGGGAAAGCAGCGCGGAGAGCCAAACGGAGCGGCAGCGGCAGCAGGGCGUGGACGAUAACGACGUCCAGAUCGUGAGCGUCACGUCUCUUGCGCUGAGUCAGCAAAGGGCGGCGACAAGUGCGACUUGUUCUCCCGGAACGGCAUCCGUGGCCUUCACCAGGAGAAGAGUGACGCCCUCCCCGGCCACCACCUCAAUGCUGGCGGCCCGUAAGCGCAUUUUGGAUAAAGCGCUGACGCACAAGAUGAAGGUGACGUCAUUGUUGAGGAGAGAGCACGCAAAUGUCCAAAGAUCUGAUUUAGCUGCCAUGUCACAACAACCAGUAGCGGCAGCAGCAGCAGCACAUUAUGAUCUGACCACAGGAAAGGUGAGCAAAUGUAUUUCUUUAAUGAUAUGAGCAAAAAUAUGAGGGAUCUGUUUCAUCCUCGUUGGUCAGAGCGGCCCGGAAGCUGA